GUCAAAGUCGCACGAAAAUAAAUAGUAAACAGAAAAUUUUCAUUUAAUUAAAUUAAAUUAUAAUUAUGAGUAGCCGCAAUCCGAACACUCUCAUGAGCAUUCCAGAUGAGCAAUUUGAUUAUCUUUUUAAAAUUGUGCUGAUUGGUGAUUGUGGCACUGGAAAAACAUGUAUUGUACAACGCCUGAAAUCUGGGAAUUUCAUAGAAAGUCACGGAAAUACAAUAGGCGUCGACUUCUCAAUGAAAACUCUAAUGGUAGAUGGGAAGAAGGUCAAGUUACAAAUAUGGGAUACUGCAGGCCAGGAGAGGUUCAGGACAAUCACUCAAAGCUACUAUCGAUCAGCAAAUGGAGUAAUAAUAGUAUAUGACAUAACAAAAAGAUCAACAUUCUUAUCUCUACAAAAAUGGAUUGAGGAAGUGAGAAGGUACACAUCAUCAAAUGUGAUAGUGUCACUAAUUGGUAACAAAUGCGAUCUGAGCGAACAAAGGGAAGUGGAGCCCGAUGAACCAAAGUCCUUCUGCAGAUAUGUGCCUGAAAUCAUGUUUGUGAUGGAGACCUCAGCAAAAGAUAAUACAAAUGUGGAAGACACAUUUCGCAGUUUGGCUACAGAGUUGAAGCGCCAACAUGACAACAGUGAAGGUCCUCCAAUGGAAUCGGACUCCGUAGUCCUCGGAGAAAGUCACUCAGUGAGUAGAUGUCAACCAUGUCGGUCUUCUUAGGAUACUAGUUGCAAUUUGACCAAUUUAUUUGAAUUGUACAUGAAAAUGAACAAAAAGCCAGCCAUGCUGAUAGAAGGAGAAAAGUAAAUUUAUUUUAGUCAUUGAAUUAAUAAUUUAUAAAAAAAAAAUAUAGUCUGCACACUUUAUUUUUUUUCAAGUUUACAUGAUGAAUUAUUUUAGUUUCAUUGGAUAGCGUUACUAACAUUACAAAUAUGUGAAAUGUUUCACAAAAUUAGAAUUCAAAUUCAAUUAUUUCAUGACUGCUUUUUAAAAGUUGAUCUUUAAUGGAAUGAUAUUUUGAAUCUUACAUGUCGUAAAUUGAAAUUUUGAGGACUUACAUCUUUCGAUUUAGCAGAAGUUAAAUUGUAAUGAUGUGAAGCGAAUGGACUAAAGAAAAAAUAUGAUAGUGCCUGUAUAAUUUAUUUAUACAAUUUAGGAAUAAGAAGGAAGAACAUGUGAAAUGCGAAAUCUACCUUUCGUAUCAAUGAUUGUUAUAUGCAAUCCAAAAGCCAUUCUUGUAAUAAAAUUGAGAUUGCAAGGACAAAUUGUGUUAUUAAAAAUCAUCUACAGCAUUGUUGUACUAAUACUUUAAAGGCGACAUCCUUUGCUUUGUAUAGUUCAAUUAACUUUUAGUCAUCAGUUUGCUAGUAUAAAUAACUUUUAACUAUUUGUCACAAACUAUAGUCACAUGUAAUUAUGUUGUCGUGCUAGAACUAUUCUAACAAUAUGAAUUGUUUAUUGCUUCGUCAAGCAUAAAUACUGGUUCAUUUUCUCUUAUGUGCAUUGAUGCAUACAAUGCAUUUCAUAAACAUCGUUUACGAAGCAGCUUUAUUUUAUUUUUUUAUAUGGUGCUAGUGUUGUAGAUAAUGCUAGAUGUUCAACCUUUAAUAAUUAUAAAUAAACUUGCGUCAUUAGAACAAAAAUAAUGAAUCAAAGGGAAAAAAUCAAGGAGAAGUAAAUUUAAUAAAAUAUGUAUGUAGAAUUUACUUGGCACUUUAUGCAUGGACCGAUCUUUUUUUUAGUACUUUAUUUUAAAAUUGCUUUUUUAUCUUUUAUUAUCUCGAUCUCGGAAAUCUGAUAUUCCCUUACGAAAUUACCCGAAAAUAUACUCUAUGUAUACCAUAUUGGCCAUAAAUUAAUUUGUAUUCAAACGCUUUAAAGUCAUCGUUUUACAUUAUAGAAAAUCUAUGUUUUAGUUUUAAGAAAUUCAGUUUCGGUACUGUAAAUAUUUGUAUAGUAAGUUUAUAUUUGUACCACCUAACUGAGACUGAUCUGAGCCAUAAUUGUUAGUUUUUCAGUUUUUUGAUCCAUACGAUAGACGUUUAUGCUGGGUUUUACGUAAGUAACCACACUUCUACUAUUUGCUGGCGAACCAAUGUAAGUACGAUAUUGGAAGCGUGAAGAAUUCAUAAUAUGCACUUACAGAUAGUAUUUUUAAAAAGAAUAUACAACACUAUAUACUCACAGUAGGUGAUUGAUGAAUUUUGGCCAAUUAAAAUCAUUUACCUAGCUUUAAAGAACUCACCCAAUUUUUAAGCUUUUGCAGUAAAAACACGAACGUAAAGAAUAAUCUUAUCUUACAGUGUGGUUUUGAUGAUAUACAGGCUGGGUUAUUGAGCAUAGAAUAUUUUGUAUCAUUUAAGGAUAAAAUGAACUAAUAAUAAGACAAAAAACACCUUGUAUAUCAUAUUAGAUAAAUGUAUUGUAGACUUUAUCAACUAAACAUAAAGUCGGGAAUUGUAGUUGUGGCGUCCAUAAAAAUAAAACAAUAAUUGAUAAUGUAAUAUGCAUAAUUUAUAAUUUAUUUUAUUAGAAAAUUAAUUCAAUAUCAAAAGCCUCUAAUAAAGGCCUAAAAAAUAAUAUACUGAAAUAUGGAAUCUCAGUGACCAGGUUAAAAUAUUGUGAUAUGAUUUACUCGAAUUCAGAUUAUUUUAUUUUAACAAUCGUGCUAUAGGUAAAUUUAAGUUGUAUUAUUUUCUGAAAUUGUUUCCACUGAUUAUAAUAAAUAUAUUGUUAAACAAACAUGGUAUUUUUUAAUUUUAUGAAAAUGCGUCUUAACGUAAUUUGCAUCUAGACACUAAAUGCCUAUCAUAUUAUGUAAUGCAAAAGAUUAAUAUUUGCGCAAGGGCUAUUCACGGAUCGUGGUAAGUAGAAAUAUGUCUCUGCCUACCACACCGGGAAAGAGGCGUUAUGUAGUAUCUAAAAAAAGUUAUAGGCAGAUAUGGCCUAAUGUUCGAACAUUGCACGAUUAUUUAUAUACAU